AUGAGGCUUUCACAGGUUCUUGCUUUUGCUGCAGCUGCGGCUGCGGCGACAAUUCCGCGCUCUAAGCAGUCUUCUCCUACCUCGCUCACAAAUGUGACUAUCUUCUCACCACCUUCCGACUAUAUCGUUCCACGGACACUUUACCCACGUAACGAGCAGCUUCCUAAUGGUGACCUUCUUGCAACAUGGGAAAACUACUCUCCAGAGCCACCAGCGGUCUACUUCCCCAUCUACCGCUCCAAGGACCACGGAAAGACCUGGAACGAGAUCUCCAGGGUCCAUGACACUGUCAAUGGAUAUGGCUUGCGUUACCAGCCGUUCCUCUACUCCUUGCCCGAGCGCGUCGGCUCAUUUAAAAAGGGCACUCUACUCCUAGCCGGUAGUAGCAUUCCGACUGAUCUGUCGUCCACACACAUAGAUCUGUACGCCUCACAGGACGAUGGCGUGACUUGGGAGUUUGUUAGCCAUAUUGCCGCCGGAGGAGAGGCGCGGCCAAACAAUGGACUGACUCCUGUGUGGGAGCCAUUCCUACUCGCCAACAAGGGCAAGUUGAUUUGUUAUUACUCGGAUCAGCGGGAUAAUGCAACCUACGGACAGACAAUGGUCCACCAGGUCACAAAUGAUCUGAAGAACUGGGGACCUGUUGUCGAAGAUGUCACCUAUCCUACUUAUACCGACCGACCUGGCAUGCCAGUUGUGACCAAGCUCCCGAACGGUCAAUACUUCUACGUCUAUGAAUAUGGUUCCUUCUUCGGUACCGAAACCUACUCCUUCCCUCUGUACUACCGCUUGUCGUCCGACCCCGAGAAUAUCGCUUCCGCCCCGGGACAGCGUCUGGUUGUCUCCAGUGGUACUCAGCCAACAUCUUCGCCGUACGCUGUAUGGACACCAUACGGUGGUAAAAACGGCACCAUUAUCGUCAGCUCCGGUACACAGAGUACUUUGUUCAUUAACAAAGCUCUUGGCGAAGGAGAGUGGACAGAGAUCGCCUGUCCUGAAGGACAUGGCUACACACGGGCUCUACGGGUGUUGUCGGAGGACGGAGGUCGAUACCUGGUUGUGAACUCUGCUGGAGUGCUACUUGGCGAGAACAAUCGGGUCUCCGAUGCCAUAUGA